AUAAACAUGAAAGUUUAUUAUACACAGAUCUGGCAAUAGGAGCUCCUGGCAAUGACAGUGUGGCGGUGUACCACUGUUUGACAGUUAUCACCGUCGAUAUAAAUACUAUUGUUCCUGACCUGCAGAGCCGUACUGAUAAGACUAAAUUUGCAUUUGAUGUGUGCCUAAAUGCGAAAUAUCCUCCUAAACCAGAAAAAAUUACAGCUAAAUUCGCAGUAAAAGUCAAGAUAACCCACCCAAAUGCUACUUUGACAGACGCAAAACCAUAUGAAGACUUUAUAGAAUACGUAGAGUUACUCGACAAUAAAGGAAACCCUAACGGCUGCAGGAACAUACAUGUAACGACAUCUGAGAACGGAGACUACGAGCAAGAAAUCGAAUUCCUCAUAACAGCUAAACUCCUGGACGAUCCAGCAAAUAGUACAUUGUUCGACUCGUCGAAAGCUACCGUGAGCUCCCACAGCAAACUGUGGCACCCCAUGUCCGUGCGGGCGGCGGAGUGUAAGAGAGAACCGUGCCAACCAAAACUGUCUGUCAAACUUACAACCGACGUACAGAGUCCGUACCUAAUCGGGUCUUCGUCGACCGUGCGUGUCGACGUGUCCGUGCGUAACGGCGACGCGGACACUGCGUACCGGCCGUGCGUGGUGCUGACCGUGCACGGCGGCGCGGCGAACGUGUACCGCGCGCCGCCGCACUGCACCGUCUAUAGCGCCACGCGCAGGAUCUGCCAGCGGCAGAGAGCGUUGAAGCCUAACAGCAAAUGGGAUUUAAACGAAAAGGCAGCAUAUGACCAAAACAUCGAGAUAGGCCUGGAGGCACUCACGAGCGAUACCAAGAAAAUACAGGUCGUGGCAGAAGUGUACAACCGCUGCGAGACCGCCAACAAGCCUGACGACAAACGUUCCAUUGAGUUUGAUCUCAUAACUAAUGUUGACGGAUUGAAGAUUGAAAGCAAAACGGAUCAGGGCGAACCGGUAUUCUUCCGUAAAGAUGACUUUAAAAGUGGAAAGAAAUUACACCAUACAUACACCAUAUCGAACGUAGGCGAGAUCAACUGGGUCGGACUCGUUGGUGACCUCUGGCUGUAUAAAGGACCUCACAUUACUUACGAUAAUUUAAUACAGAUAUACAACGGCGAAACUGAAAGGCCUUCGUGCGCAUUGAAAAAUGACAGUAAGAGCGACUUCCACGGAUUAAGCUGUGAGUUGGGAAGCCUAAAUCGCAAGGAAACCAUCACUGUGGUCAUACCUAUGACUACGGUACCUAACGAACUAGAGAAAGUUUUGCAGAAAUCAAACGCCACGGUGAAAACAUUCCUCAGAGUAAUCGCUGACAAACAAGAGAAAGAAAAAACAGAACUUACCACUUUGGUGUUGCAAGAAGGCAAGGUGCCUGUCUGGAUUAUAGUGGUAGCAGUUUGCGUGGGCAUACUCAUUGUUUGCCUCAUUGGAUUCGCUCUUUACGAGUGUGGAUUGUUCCGUCGUAAAAAGAAGGAAGAACUAGUGAGCCUAAAGAAGGAAGUUAACCGUAAAAGUAUGAUGCUGCAAAGGCAAUCCAUGAGGCUCACGGAGACAGCUCGAGCCGAGCUAAGGAACCGCACCUACCGGGAGCUUCUCGACGAGGCCGAGAUCAAAGAGGCCGAGGAGGCCGAAGAGGCCAGAAAAUCCCAAGUAGUCACGAAGAACCAGGAGCAAGCCAAAGGGGACAAUGGCUGUAGAAGCACAGUUCUGAACGAAACUCCGCCCGGAUCGCACUAUGAUAUAAGGGCUCAUAUCGAGAAAACAUUGAAAAAAUAAAAUCCUAUGAGACAUCAAGGCAUAGGUGCGAAUGCGACUCUAAAAAUGUACCUACUGUAAAGGCGGAAUUCCAUCAGUGUGUGGCACUGUGAGUGCGGCACAAGCAUAUUCAGUACAAAUAAGUUUUUUGGCAAAAAAAAAAACAUUUUUGGUACAAGCUUUUAUCGCUGACUGUACUUUUCUUACGACAGAAAACUAAUACUCAUCGAGACAAUUCUAAAAAAACUCCUAACACCAUUAGGUUACGUUGUUUCAUCACAGAGUUCCUAUGGCCACCUCCUGUCUCCAUCAUCAGAUCAGCUCGAUGGUACCAUAAUAUUGCAUUGUCAUCCGAUUUAUACAUGCAUGCAAAGUUUCAUCUCAAUCGGAAACCGGGAAGUGGGUUAAAUUUAACUUGCAAGAUUUGAUUACACAGAGACAGACAGACAGACAGACAACGGUCAGGUGAAACUAAAUAAAAGCUCGUAAAAUGCUUGAUGUUCGUGCCGCACAGUACCGCAAACUGGUGGACCAUGCCUUAACGUAAUUAUUUUGGUCGCAAUCAUUUUGACACUCGCUCGAACCAUCAAAAACCUUUAUUUAAAUAUUACUACCUGGCGUUUUAUAUUUAAAGCGUGCUACUUAACACGGAACGAAAUAAAACGUAACAUCGUCGAACAAUAUAACAAACACAACGGAAAGGUUUCGUGUUGUUCACUUUCAUCGGUUAUUGUAUUUUUGAAACUGAUUGUAUGUACGAUGUACGGUCAAGGAAUAUGAUGUACCUACGAAUGGUACUCAAAAUAAGUACUGAAGUCAUUUUUGUCACGUAAUUUACAAUUAUUUUAAUGUUAUUAAAUAUUUUUAAUAAUUGCGCAUAGGUAAAUAUACUCAUUUUCUGAUGAUUAACGAAAUUAUUAUGCAUAAGUAGGUAGAUAUUCUCCAAUAAAGUAUUCUGGCGAAUAAUUGUAUUUUAUUGUUAACUAUCAAUUAUAC